AUGGCGCUCACGUUUGUCGCACUGUUCGCUACCAUAAUGGUCUCCUACUUGAGCCCCGAUAACCACGACAAUUGCCUGCUAUACGUGCUAUUUUGGAGCGCCUGUACUCUCGUUUUCUCGACACAUGCCUACGCCAUGUUAUGCGUGUGUUUUGUUGUGUGCCACCUGACCACCGGUUACCUCAAAUACCAGUUCAUGCAAAUCAAUUUGAAACUGGAGUCCUGUGUCCGCACCGGCAAUAAGUACCAACUGAUGAAAGCCAUCGUCGAGCACAACCUACUCACUAAACUAACCGCCCGUUUGAACGACUUUUACAAAUAUCCGCUGUUUGUCGUAUACUACGUGUCGACCCCCACCCUCGAGUUUGCCUUAUACUACUACCUGUCCGUUCAGAGCAAUCUGGUACAGUUAGGUCCGUUCUCAUUCCUACAGACCAUUGGCGCACAGCUGGUCGGCGCCCGACGGGAAUGUAUCGUAAGAAAAGUGGAAAACGCGGACACAGUCUGUGUCUGUAACCAAACAUAUUGUGAUGACUUCCCGGCCCUCAAGCGCCCAAAGAGUGGUUUCCUUACGGUUUAUGAGAGCAAUAAAGCCGGAGAAAGGUUUAAGGAAACGGAACUCCAGUUCGGCUCAACCAUCGACUCAACGGCCGACCAAACGGUUGUCGUGACUAUCGAUAAGACACAGAAAUAUCAGACAAUCUUCGGAUUUGGCGGCGCUUUCACUGACACUACGGGACAGAUGCUGAAGACAGUCAACCAAUCGUUGGCUGAUCUGCUGAUUGAUAGCUACUUCUCAGACAAUGGCAUCGAGUACUCAAUGGCCAGAAUACCGAUAGCCGGCACUGACUACUCGGACAAACCCUACUCUUACGAUGACGUCGACGAUGAUCUGGAGCUCAAACACUUUGCUCUUCAAAAGGAGGACUUGGAGUGGAAAAUCCCAUACAUUCAAAGAGCACUGAAAGUAAGUCCGCAUAAAAUAAAACUCUUCGGCAGCCCCUGGAGUCCCCCCUCUUGGAUGAAGACUAACCACAAGUUCAACGAGAGUGGAGUCAUAAGGGGUGACAUCGGCGGCGAAUACUACCAGACGUGGGCCAACUAUUUCGUGAAAUUUCUGGACGCAUACAAAUCGCAUGACAUAAACCUAUGGGGGCUUACAGUCGAGAAUGAACCGGUAGGGGGACAGUACCCUGGGCACCCAUUCAACUGCCUGAACCUAACCGGCCCUACGGAACGGGAUUUCGUGAAACUCAAUUUGGGUCCGACCCUCGCGAAGGCCGGGUAUGGCAAAGACAAACUCAAUCUAAUGGUAUUCGACGAGAAUCUCCCCGGUUUCCAGAAGUUCGUACCGCCUAUACUAGCGGACAGGGAGGCAGCGAAAUACGUGUCGGGCAUCGCCUAUCACUGGUAUGGCAACCAAGGGAUGGGUGGUUAUCCCGAUGGAUUCCUAUCGGAAAUACAGCACAACUACACCGAUAUGUUUCUACUGAACACCGAGGCCUGUCAUCUCGAGGGAGCAGUAUUAGGGCAGUGGAGUGCCGGCGAAAAAUACGCCUUCGAUAUCAUUAGGUGA